AUGUUGUAUGCGCAUUCCAUCUUGUCAUAUUACUGUUCUACCACCACCUCCCUCAAGAACCCGUCUCAAGCGAUUCAAUCGCUUGUUACCUCGAUACGGAAACGCAUCCGACGAAUGAAGCGCUUUCUCACGCUUACCCUCAUCGGUACACUGCAUGUCUCAUUCGGCCCGGUAACCGUUCACUCGUACGUUCCUCCGACUACUCGUACCGGUUCAUGUAAUCGUGUGGCCAUCACUUAUAUCGAAGUGGUCGGACACGAAAAAGGUUGUAACCAACCGUGUGAUAUCGAGGAACAGUUUGAAUUCUUGAGGAAAAAAAUGCAGAAUAUCUUGGAGAAAUAUGAAAAGGAGGAGAGAGUCAACAAGAAGGAGAAAUAUCGGGAAAACCACUUUUUCAGAAAACUUCUCCCUCCAUUACAUUUGCUCUUUCACCGGUUUAACAUGACAAACGCGAACGAAAAUACUCACGAGCCUUCCCCACACGAUCGUAUUGUUCUCAAUGUCGGUGGCGUCAAGUACGAAACUUACAGAUCAACCUUAACAGCAUACCCAGACACUCUCCUCGGCCGCAUGUUUCAGACCCGCAAUGCGGCUCUCCUCCAUCCGACCAACGGCAACGAAUACUUUAUUGACCGCGACGGCCACGUGUUCCGUCACAUACUUCAGUUUUAUCGCACAGGAGAAUUGCACUAUUCGGACGAUCCGUCACAAAACCCCUGUUCCACUAUGUACAGCGCAAUAACAAGGAAGGAAAUAGACACGGAAAUCGACUAUUUUCAAAUUCCUGUCGGUGAACCGUUGAAACUCGGUCGUCUAGUCAGACAGGCGAUGUUUGAUAAAGUAGAUGAUUUUAUCGAAGCGUUGAAAAAUGUCAUAUAUGUCGUUUUAUCUAAUUUCAAGCGACAAGUCAGUAUAACCUUUUAUGAGGACGAAAUGGAUCCGGUUGUGGAUGAUCUCAACUCGGCGUAUGUCGGCUCGCUGAUAUAUAAUAUCAUCUUACCGUUUCGAGUGGUUGGAUUUCUUAUAUUGGACAAGUUGGGGGAUGAGAUCGGCAAAUAUUUUGAGAACAAUAAUAAGGAAUUGAAGUGGGAUGCGAUAAGAGACGAUGAUUACAAGAUCAGUGUCGUGUUAAAGUUUGAAUUCAAACAUGUGGCAGCUGACGAAAUUAUUAGAAACACGUGUCUAUCUAGUGAGUUGGCGACAAAUGAUAGCUGA